CGACAUGCCUGCUUUUGUCUCCCCAGGUUGCAUCCUUUGUUCUGUUUGGCAUCAUGUGCAUGAUGAUCCCGCAGUGCCGAGGGUUUGAGGGCGUCAUCGUCAUCUGCCUCUUCCUCGGCCUUUGCGAUGGCUGCUUCACCACCAUUAUGGCCCCCAUUGCCUUUGAGCUGGUGGGGCCCAUGCAAGCGUCCCAGGCCAUAGGGUACCUGAUGGGGCUGAUGGCUGUGCCCAUGACUGCGGGCACACCAAUUGCAGGAUACUUCAAUGAUUAUUUUCAGAAUUACCAUGCUGGUUUUUACUUCGCUGGAGUGCCUCCCAUCAUCGGCGGCUUGGUGCUCUCCGUCGUCCCGCUGGUGCAUCAGAGGAUGCUGCAGAAGCAGCGCUUGGAUUCUGGCAAGGACAAGAUGCUGAGCCCUGAGGCAGUGGUGAAUGGCGAGCUACUGCCGGGCUGUCCUGCCUCUGAAGCACACAUGUGAUGUGCCAAGUGCACAGUUGCCACCAGCAUCCUCCACAGCCCAAGCACAGGCCCUUUUCUAGCCAGACUGUAAUUCUCAAUGAUUUCAGAUGCACUACAUUUGUAAAGGACAAGAAAUAGUUCUUCUAGUUGAAGGCUUUUAACUAGCAGAAACACUUCUUCUUGGGACAGUUUCAAUUUUCAAGCCGCCUUUUUUUUCCUCUAACCAUUUUUCUAAGGAGAAUUCUCAUCAGGAUUCAAACUUGAUUAUCUCCCCAGUUUUCUAUAUGUCACAACAGAGGUUUACAGAUAAUAAAUGUGUUUUUAAAGGAGGUCAUAGGUGGAGGCUUGUUGUCCCUUCCAGAUGCCCUGUCCCCUCUGGUGUGCUAUGUCUGGGCAGCACAGUCCCUUCCGCAGGGGACACAGCUUUGGAGGAGGAAUGGGCAGCAGGACCUGCUUUGAGCUGUUUCUCUCCUUUUCCACUGCAUUUACUCAUGGGGUUGAUGAAAGUAUCCUGCAAAAUCUACCAUAAAAGCACAGGGGGAGACAGGCAAAUUUCUAGGCACCUCUCACCUCCACGUUCGGUGCCUGAAGACUGUGAAGCCCUGAGCAGUGAAACCCACAGUAGGAUGGAUACAGGAGGCAUGGGAAUUAGGAAUAGCUCAGGAGAGGGCAAGGACUGAAGGUGGCUUCCAUCCUGCCUGUGGAAUUGUCAUCCAUCGGAUUUUUCUCCCCAUCGCCUGCUGUUAGAAACAGGAGCCUUGUAAAAAGCUCUGCAUCCUGCAUGUCCCUCUGGCCUUUUUGUUUUUUAAUUCGCAUUGGCUAGUGCAUUGUAAGGUCUUGUGGUCUGUGCUUCUGUUCCUUUUGUCCCUGUGCAAGCUGGAGAAUAUACUGGUGUGUUGUGAUGUGUCUGUUCCUCUAA